AUGUGUUGCGGUCAUUCACUCCGCUACUAUUGCGGCCACAUGUGCGCCCGGUUCACCGAACGCUGUGAGAAGAAAUGUCGUGUGGCGAAGGGUCUUCGCAUUUCGCGGCGAGUGCGAGCGAUGUGUAAAUUCGGCAAUAGCGAUACUGCGAUGUCUUUAAACGCGCCUGUCGGUUGGCCGGACGGCUAUUCCACCUCUGAGGAGCUUCUAGAGGACGUCAACAAGCAGGCAAAGCAGCAGGGAUACGCGAUUGUCAAGCGACGCACUCACUGGGACAAGAAGGGCGCUGCCCGCCACUAUGAUCUCGUGUGCGAUCGAGGAGGCUAG